GCACCUCCGUGGCCUCACUUCGCGGCGCCAGGAUCUCUUCCGCCAGGUCUACUUCCAGGACACCCAGCAGUUCCGGCGCAUCUCGGAGGAGGAGUUCCCCCACAGCCUGGACAAUGGGUACCACCUGGACCUCCUCAAGGCGUCGCUUCAGGACUACCCCCAGGAGCCGGAGCCUCGACUGGGCAAGGAGUACCUCGUCCCGUGGAUGAUGGCCGAGGACCUGGAUGGCCUUGGGGCCCUCAGCCCUCGAAGGGAGACUUUACCGUCAGAGAAAGUCUUGAGGUCUCUUGGGUGGGAGAUGCAGGUUGACUUCGAACACCUCUCAGAGGCCGAGUUAGUGGCCCCCACCUACCUCGACUCCAUCCUCAAGGUGAUGAAUCUCAAGGCCGGAGUUCGGGACGAUGACGAGAAGCGACAGGCCUUCCGAGAUGUGAUUCAUGGAGCUGCUCGAAAGAAGGACGAGAACCUCGGCCAGUUCGCGACGCGACGACUCAGGGAUUUUGCCAAGGCAGCAACCUACGGGAUCACCCUGCCCCCCGAGUUCCGUGUGUCCUUGAUGAAGGAAGGGGCCGGUCUUAGUGAUCAGAACCUACAGAAUCUGGCUGUGCUCACUCAGGGCAGGGAGAUGGACGUGGACUUCCUCGCCGCAGCAAUGGCUAGGAUGGAUGUUCGGGCCGAUCGCCUCUCCGGUUAUGCGGAGGCGGAGCCCAGGGCAUCCCUGAGUUUCGCCGAGGGCAUGGAUGAUCCUCGCGAGCUGGAACAAGGAGAGUCUGAGGAAGAAGAAUCCUUGGAUGACGAGGUGGUCCUUUCCGAGUUGGAGGACUUGAACUUCUCCGAGGACCAGGCGCAGAUGGUCUUCGCCAUCCUGGAGAAUAGGCCACCCAGGCGUCGAAGGACGUGGAAGGAGAAUAAGAUGUUCAAGGCCGAGGCGAGGAAGGACCGCAAGCCUUUCCGCAAAGGAGAUGCUCUACCUGAAGGAGGACCCCCUGGAGGAAGCGGAUUCUGCGGGCUGACAGCGUCUGAGUGGGGCCGAAUCCUUGCCGCGGCGAGGGCUACGACCGGCUCGGGAACACUUGAGCCCCUGAACUUCCUCACCCUGAAGUCCGGAACCGCCAUCCUGGACAUCGGCGCGACCCAGGACCUGAUUGGAGAGUGCGCCCUCGCGGCCCUUGGACAUGUACUGGCCGAGGCGGGCUUGAAGUAUGUGGAUGUGCCCGUGGACUCCCAUGGACCUCCGACGGGGAUUGGAGGGGCCGCCACUGUGACCAGAGCGGUCCUGGUUCCCAUUUCGCCAGGCGGUGUUCCAGGCGUUGUGCACUUCACCGUGAUAAAGGAGAAUGUCCCCCCGUUGCUCAGCGUCGGCUUGCUGGAGCACUUGGGGGCCAUGCUUGACCUCGUCGACAACAAGGUGCAUUUUAAGAGCAUCAAUGUCGUCCGACACAUGCAGAAGGAAGCCUCAGGCCACCGCACCAUCUCCCUCGUUGAGUGGGACGGCGCACUUUUCCCCGUGCCCAAGGAGGCGCGAGAGCGUUUUGGUCCACAAGUGGGCGGAAGUCGCAGUUAUGCCAGCCCUUCGUUGCGAGUGUUUCAGCUGAAGUCCGAGAUGAGCAAGCCACCUCUGAGAGAGAACAUCUUGUGCUUCAUCCAGCAGCUUUCGGCCCUAUGA